AUGUCUGGGAUCAACUUGACGAUCGAAAGUCGUGGAAAAAUUAAAGGAGCUUAUUUUCCUCUACAGAUAUCACUCCCUCAUGAUGCAACGUUAGGCGUUCUAAAGAAUGGCAUUGCGAAUCUUGUUCCAUCGCUACCCGUUUCUCGUCAGCGUCUAUCCGACCAACAAAAAAGGCCUCUGCUUGGUGAUGAAAAGCGUCUCUCAGAUCUCGGCGUGGAAAACGUGGCUACACUGACGUUGAAAGAUCUAGGACCUCAGAUCAGCUGGCGCACUGUAUUCCUUGUAGAGUACGCUGGCCCCUUGGUCAUUCACCCUCUCAUUUACUUGGGCGCCCCGCUUCUGUGGGCCAGAUUUGGAUAUCCUUUCUCCAUGUCAUUCGUACAAACGACUGUUUUCGUGCUUGUGAUGGCACACUUUCUCAAGCGCGAGCUCGAGUCAGUGUUCGUUCAUCGCUUCUCGAACGCGACCAUGCCAGCCUUCAACAUUGUAAAAAACUCGACCCACUACUGGCUACUCUCGGGCCUAGUUCUUGGCGGUGGUGUGUAUUCACCUUCUCUUGGGGUUGAGGCCGUGCGCGGAACUGUUCGCGACAACCAUGCGUUUAUUUGGUUCUUUGUUCUGCUAUGGCUCCUAUCUGAACUAGGCAAUUUCCGUGCUCACAUCACCCUGAUGAACCUGCGCCCAAAGGGAACACGUGUUCGACAGAUUCCCCGAGGAGGUGCGUUUGAGCUGGUCAGCUGCCCCAACUACUUCUUUGAAGCUCUUUCUUGGUUUGCUAUUACUGCUAUGACUCUAUCUCUCAGCGCGCUUAUUUUCCUUGUUGUGUCAUCUGUCCAAAUGACACUGUGGGCCAUCAAGAAACACAAGAAUUACCGCAAGGAAUUCGGCGACCAGUACCCGCGUCAGCGCAAGAUUAUGUAUCCGUACGUGUUUUAG